AGCGUCGUCGUCAUCAUCACCUCCACACUUUUUUUUCUCUCAAACUAGAAAACAGAAAAUCACAGAAGAAGAUAUUAUUCUCCAUUUGAAGAACUAACGUACCGCUUGAUUCUUACUUUGGAUAAAUUAUAUAUAUAAUGUAUACGUGUGUAUAAAUGGUUGAGUAUAUAAGGAAGUGCAGUAACGGAGUUGGUGAGGUAGUGGUGGUUGAUUCUGAUCAGGUAGGAAUGAGGACUAGAGCUGUGGCGGCGGAGGAGGAAGAGGGAGCAGAGAAAAGAAGGAAGGUCGGUAAUGGAGAAUUGAGGUUGCCUUUGCCGACGCUAGUUCAAAUUACUACGGCGGGGGAGAUACGGUAUCCAUGUACUGCCAGCGCCGCAAGCCGUAGCAGCGAUCAUGUCCCAGUGUCUUGUUGCUCUAGAAAUGGAUCGACGGAGGAACGUCAAUUCACAGAUCUGGAGGAAAUCGUUGAAAUUGGCGCAGUUGCGAGAUGUAGUUUAGACUCAAGAGCAAGAAGCAAAUCAAAACUCGUUCUCAACUUGAUGGAUCAUUCUUUUAGCAAACGGAGAAGUGAGUUAAAGGCCGGAUCAGGCGAACAGAAGACGAUUACAGCAAAUCAGUCGACGGUUAUCAAUUCUCGCCGUACAAUGCCAGCAGAGAAGAUGCCACCUGCAGCUGAACUCGAAGAAUUUUUCGCCUCUGCGGAGACAGAACUCCAUAAACGUUUCAAAGACAAGUAUAAUUACGACAUUGUGAACGACACUCCAUUGGAAGGUCGAUUCCAGUGGGUUCAAGUGAAGCCAUGAAGAUGACGAUCGAUCCAUCCAUUACAUCUCAUCAAUUCUUGCAUGAAAUUAAUAACAAAUUAAGGUAGAACUGUGCAGUUUAGUUUUAUUUUUUUUUUCAUCAUUUAACUCGAAAUGUUCUCUAGAUCUUGAAAUUUCAAUUUCAUCCAUUUAGAUCUUCUUACUGUUAGUACAUUAGGUACUUCUCUUGUUCAGUGUCUGCAAUUCUAUGUGUGUACGGAGAAAGCUAGCUAUUGCUACCGUUGGAACCAAAAUAAGGAAGAAGAGUACAUCGACGAUGUGUACUUUUGCACCAUACACUUUCUUGCUGUUGCAUCUCUGCAAUUUCCUCUGAUCAUACGAACAAUGAUGCCAUCACACAGGUAGGUGUUUUUUUAAGCACAUCUUUUUUUU